GGAAGGGCGGCGUUGUGUGUAGAUUGAUGAGAGACGAGAGCAUCUGGGUGAUGGUCAAAUAUAGCGUCUAGGUACUGAAGCCUUUGUUUGAGAGAAUGAAGGUGAGCCACUCAAGCUAGUUGGGAUAUUGGGGUGUGUGUGCGGUUUCCUGCAGGAAGCAGUGGCUGUAGGGAUGUUUCCGCAAGAGGUGCACCUCAAAUACAAAACGAAACUCUGCCCGCACUAUGAACAGGUGACACCAAAACCAGAUAGAUGCUCGACUACUUUACCGCACAGACCGUCUUUGUUUGUUCUCCUGCUGUGCUGCAGCAUUCCCUGGCGACGGGCAACCAGCUUCGGUUCUGUCCGUUCCGCGACAACUGCCGAGACGCCCAUGGCGUGGCGGAGCUGCGCAGCGAGGCCGACAACCGCGCCUACAACGAGCAGGUCCGCAACUACGCCCAGCAAACCAUCGAGGCCGCUACCUACGCCACGGCCAUGCUGGGCUUCCAGCACUACGACCCGUCGGCGUACGCCAUGAUGCAGUACCAGCAGAUGGCCUCGCCCACAGCCGCAUACCCGACAGCCGCAGCGGGGACGGGCCAGGCCGUCUUCCCCACCGCCCCCCAGCAGCCGCUGUUCCCCACGCCGUCUCCCUCCUCCUCACAGGCACAGCUGGCGGCCGGUGGGCAGCCCGUGGUGGUCGACUUGUCCAAGGAGGAGUCGUCGCCCUCGCCGGGGGCUCGUGAGGCCAAGGAGGAGGAGACGGCUGCUGCUGCUGGUGUUGAUGACGCUCAAGACGGCGAAGAGACGGACCGGACGAGAGCCGAGGAGGUGCAGAGGGGCGACAACACUGCUGUCGCUGCAAUAGCAGCAGAAGAGGGCAAGGAGGAGCCCGAGGCGCCGCAAGAAGAGGUCAAACCAUCCAAGGAGGUGGUCCAAGAGGACACCACGAAGGAGCAGGAGGUUAGCGGUCAGCCGUUGUCGUCGAUCCCCCCAGCCGAGCACAUGUCCCCCCACUCCCCUGCAUCAGACGAGGCCGCGGAGCAAGACGGCGGGGCAUCUGGCCGUAACGCCGUGGUGCAGAGGAAACGCAAGAUGCGUGGCUUCGCUGAGGACCGUGGUGCUGAUGUGGAUGGCGAGAGGGCGAGGGCGCGCCACGACUUGUGGCGUGGGAGCGGCGUGAGGGCUGCCGUCGAGUGGAAGCGGCAGCUUGUCGCAUUCGUGCAGCAGCAACAGGGGGGCACUGUUUCCAUUGCGCAAGCCGAGAAGGUCAGUCAGUCAGUCAGUCAGCGCUCAGAAGUGAUUGAUGCGUACACGCACUCGUGACUGCAAUGCAUUGGCCUGUCUGAUCUCGUCUGCUGGCUUCAUCCCAUCCAUCAUUCAGCAUUGCCCCGCCCCCGACCAUCGGCUGCCCCGUCUGCUCCCCUUUCUGCAGCAGCACGACCACACCUUCUCCCUCACCCCCACUCACGUCUCCCUCCGGCCCUCACCCCCAGACGACCAAUCCCUCACCCCCCCGCCAUCCUUCACACAACAGCAAAUCGUCGACCUGGAGUUUUCGAUCGUCCUCCAGGCCAUCGUGUGGGCCGACGGCCGGCUGUCGCUGAAGGAUCUGGCGGACCAGUGCCCGGCUCGCCUGCGCAGCGAUGAGUCGCUCCUGGCAUUUCUGAGGCGCAGCGAGUUCCACGGCAACGUCUGGGCGGUGGAUGAGGAUGAAGGUGAGAGUGUGGUCGUGCUGACGAAGGAGUGGCACAGGCAGGCCAGAAAGUACUUCAAGCAGCAGCAGCAGCAGCAGCAGCAAGGGGGUGGGGAGGGUGUGGAUGAGGGCAAGGAAUGGGACGGCGAGGCCGCGGCUCGCAUACACCAGGUACGGUACGCACCAACAGCACACCCGCCAAACAAACAGAAAAUGUGCGUGUAUGCGUAUGUGUGUGUGCGCAGAAGUGCCGUCUGUUCAAGGGUGAUGUGGAGGACUACGUCACCCAUUCCCUCCGCUUCUUCCGCGACCAUGGCGCCCACGACGGCACCGUCACAGCCGCCGCCAUAAGACAGGCGGAGGCGGACGGCCUCAGACACCCGCAGUCGGCCAUCCCGCCCUUUCCCCACCUCAUCCUCUCACUGCCCUUCAUCUACAAGUACCCAUGUGCCGGGCGGGACGACACCGUGGGCCUGCAUGACCGGUUCAUGCCCGAGCCGCAGCACGAAUUCAUGGGGGAUGCCGCCGAGAGCGAGGCGAGCGAGCCGCCGAGGAAGGCCAUCAAGACGACAGACCAUGAGGAGGAAGACCUCAUGACGCCUGCUGCCGCCGGGGCUGCUCAGCAGCCUUCACAAGCGGCAGAGGGGGCGGAGGAGGGGGCGGGGGAGGGCGAGAAGGCCAGUGGAGAUGCACAUAGCCAUGGGGCGCAGCUGGCGCAGCUGCAGCAGCAGCUCCAGGAGGUGACGCAGCAGCUCGCGGCAAAGGACGACGAGUAAGGCAACGAACAGCCCCACACGACACGACCGACAAGGGUACCAUAUAUACCCACACACGAUCUCUGUCUGUCAUGCUGUGAUGUGAAGGAUCGCAUCGAAGGACGCGGCAUUACAGGAGGCGCAGGGGCGCGUUGCCGAGCUCAAGAAGAAGUAACCAGGCCGGGGGGGCACAGAAUGGAUGAGAGAUAUUCGCUCACACUCUUUGAUCUCUUGCUUGCACGGCACGUAGGUGUCAGCGGGGCGAGGAGACGCUCAGCAACGCUCACCUCUACGCCAAGGGGCUGCAGCAGAGGUCAGCCAGGCACCCACACACACACCCAUUGGAGCACGGUAUCCCAUCUGUGUCUGUGUGUGGUGACUGUGUCUUCAGGAUAACGGAGCUGCAGAACGAGCUGGAGGACAAAGAGAACGAGUCAGUGGGCCGAACGAACGAUCGACGCACUGCCUGUCUCGCCAGCGACACAGCGAUAUGUGUGUGUGUGUGUGUGCGCGUGUAUGUGGUCAGGCUGUCUGAGGUGGCCAAGGCCAAGGCCGCGACCAAGUCCAAGGCCACCCAGACAGAGAGGGAGAAGCCCCGGCACCCCUCCCCUCCUCCCACAUCGCACGCCCCAGAGCCGGUGCCGUACUCGGCAGCAGGGGCCAGCACCCACAGCCACACCGACAGCCCCUCACGCCCGCCUCUCAACCCAUUCAACGGACCCACAUCCGCACGACAACAGCCGAGGAAUCCAUUCGAUGACGCUGGGAGCAGAGGCGUCAAGAGGGAGAGGGAGAGGGAUCGGCUCCACAUGGACCGAGAAAGAGAGAGGGAUAGAGAUAGAGAUAGAGAUAGAGACAGGCACCACACGGCCCCUGCAGUGAAUGGCGUGGACAGCAGCAGGCACCAUGGCCACGGGCAUGGCGGCGGGAGAGACAGGGAGCGGGAGAGGGAGAGGGGGGCGAGGGGAUGGAGGGGGUAGGUGUCUGACCGAUCUCCCCAUCGCAUGGCAGGAUGGCAGGCAUCGCAUCGUUGCAAUGGGUGCAGGGCGCUACUGGGGUGGGAGGCCGGGUGGUGGGUGGUGGACUAAUUGACUGACGCAAGGCAAGAAUGGAUAAUUUGUGGGGGCUGGUGUGGUGUGGUGUAGUGUGCUGCGGUGUGCUGCGGUGCGGUGCGGUCUUGACGGACGGACCCUCUGUGUGCAUCGCAUCGCAUCGCAUCGCAUCCAUGCCAUCCAUACCUGGCAAUGCAAUUAAAUGUCUUCAUUGUCUACCUACCUACCUGCGUGCAACCAACUGCCGUAUUUGGCUAGCUAGCUUGUUUGUAGUGGCUGUCGAUGCAAUGGAUGCAGCACCCAGACCGAGAGACAGACAGACAGACACACAGACAGACCUUCACGAUAGAACCAAGAAUACAUGAAUGAUGCAUUAAUGUCUCUUGCGCGCGUCGCUGCUGCAGUGACCAACGCAACGCACCAGCGUGUGUAUGUGUAUGUGUGUGUAAAUGUCCGAAACCGACCAACAACCUUAUG